GCGGAACCUUUUUUGUACGUUCUUGUUUCACAUCGGUGCCGGAUUUUUACAACAACAACAAUCUCUUGAAGUGCAGCUGUUGUUUGCAGACUUAUUUUAAGCUUUUGUUUUACAUGUACAUACAUAUCUGCAGCUCCCACACGGACAUUCUCCUUCGCUCGGACAUCAGACAGAGUAUCUGUUUGCUGCUGUGAUGGAGGCUGGUAGUGACCCUUCUGAGGAGCAGCUUCUCCAGCGCCCCUGGCUUCCUGUGAGCAUUAGCGGCUGCCAACUCCUUGUGAAGAGCUGCUUCAGUGACACAGCGUACCGCAUCCUGCUGACAGACAUGCACUGUGUGUGGGAGGAGAGGAUGGAGGCAGCAGCCAUCCAGAGCCGAGCACAGGAGCUGAACCGGCGUCUGAGAGCAUCAGUCGAGGCGUUCUUCUCCCACCUGUGUGAGGUGGUGCAGCCCUGUCUGUCAGGAGGAGAGCUCACUGGCGGCAAGGCUCAGAUAUUCCUGACCCGACAGGAUAAUGGGAACAUCAACGUGAGGCUGAAGAGCGAGCUGGCUGAGCUGCCUUUCUACUGGGAGUUCCGCUGCAGCCCUGCCCCCGUUGCUUUGGCGUGUGCUCAGCUGGUGCGCCCCCUGCUGGUGAUAAGCCGCAUGCUGCAGCAGCAGGUGAAGCAGCUGGGAGGUCUGCUGGUCAGGAAGGAUGCCGAGAUUCAGGACUACAGAGAGAACGGAGCCACACUCAGCAGAGAGCGCCUGCAGACGGAGGUUUUUGAGGAGUCCACCUACAGAGAGCAUUUCAUGGCAACGACUCUUCCUUUUCUGUGGUCUGAAUCCUUGGAUUCUCUGGGCUUCGAUGCUGACCUUCAGCAGCUGUACACCACUGCCAUUGCUCACAGGAAACGCAAACUGUCAGAGGAGCGCUCAGUUCAGGAGGAGCAACCUGCUGCUGAGUCAUCAGCAGAUGUCGUAUCUGCCAGAAGUGAAGCAGCGAACAUCAGAAAACAGAAUCAUAACAAGCAAGAUGAAACUACAGACGUUAAGACGACAAACAGACCCACAAUGCCGAAGAGCGACAUGUCCAUCCCUGCAGAACGAAAGUCCUCCAAAGCAAAGAAAAAAAAAGUGGGACUGUUCAGAUGAGAUCAACAAGACCCUCACACAGUCAGUUUUUACUUUUAGAAGUCUUCCUUUAACAACAUAUUUUAUUCAGAACUUUAACUUUAAAACCUGAGAUUUUACAUUAUGAUUAAAUAAAUGGUUUUAUCAUCCAGUUUGAUUUAAAGCAAAACUUUGUUUCACUUUUAUAUUUCAGGAGAUAAUCUGUUUUUAAUGUAUCAUUCCUUGUGUUAUUUUAAUUCAAAUA